AAGUGAAUUAAAAUGUUCUCUCCCGUCUGCCCCGCCCAAGUACGCAGGGCGGCUAACCGCCCCAGUGUGCACCGCGCUGCCACAUAGUACGCUUGUCUCUUCGCCAAAACUAUAAAUAAUAACAAAAACAAUAAGAAAUAUCGCUUCAUUUUCACAAAACUACUGCAUAAAUUAAACGUUAUCGAACAAUUUGUAUUCAAAUUUGAAUUUAGAACUUAGUUUAACAGUGUUACCAUUCUGUGUUGUGUUUUGAAUUAAGAACAAUUUAUUUGUUAAGACAUUAAUUUUUGUAUUAAAAAUAAUUGAUACGAAAGUGCUGCUGGACUGUACCUCGAAUUGCAAAAAAAAUAGGAACUGCCGCGAAAAAAGAGUUCGGAUAUCAAUAAAAAAAACAAUACUACCAUAAAUAAAUAUUGAUAAAUAUUAUUUUGUAAGAGCAUAAAAUUAGGUUAUUUGUUUAUAUGUAGUAAAUAAGUGCUAAAAUAAAAUAGAACUUAUAUUAAAGUUAAGUACAGUGCAACAGGUGACCGACACAACGACACUCGACAUGAUUCUGUAUGACCUGCAGAUCGAAGCGGGGGCAGGCGAGGGUCCCGGGCCCCCAGUCAACAAUAACUCGGAGGGCGCAGUCGCCAGUCCUCCUCGAGAUGAUAAUCAUAAUGCUCAACAGCCUCCCGCCGUCACUCCUCGGGCUAGGCAGCUCAAUCCUGCAGAAGCACUUAAGCUGUACGGAGACAGGCUAUCGGAAUGGGAGAGGAACGAGGUGAGGAAGUACCCGGAGAUCUGGUUCCUGGGACUGGAAGCUAACAAGGUGCAGGCCAGGGCCAACCUGCCUAAUAACUGCGGAUUUGAUGAUGAAAACGGUAGCUAUAAUAAGCAAAUCCAUGACCACAUAGCCUACAGAUACGAGAUCCUCGAAGUUAUAGGCAAAGGGUCCUUCGGCCAAGUCAUCAGGGCUCACGACCACCGCAACGGCACGCAAGUCGCCAUCAAGAUCAUCAGGAACAAGAAGCGGUUCCACCACCAGGCCCUGGUGGAAGUCAGGGUGUUGGACCAUCUGCGGCUGAAGGACAAGGAUCAAGCGCACAAUGUGAUACAUAUGCUGGAUUAUUUCUACUUUAGAAACCAUUUGUGUAUCAGUUUUGAGCUUAUGAGUAUCAACCUAUACGAGCUGAUCAAGAAGAACAACUACCAGGGCUUCAGUCUGAGCCUCAUCAGGAGGUUCGCGAGCUCCCUCUUACGAUGUCUCAGGCUGCUGGAAGCAGAGAGCAUCAUACACUGUGAUCUCAAACCUGAAAACAUCCUCCUCAAAGCGCGAGGCAGUUCCUCCAUCAAGGUGAUAGACUUCGGCAGCUCGUGCUACACGCAUGCGCGAGUCUACACCUACAUCCAGUCGAGGUUCUACAGGAGCCCUGAGGUCAUACUGGGCCUGCAGUACGGGACCCCUAUUGAUAUGUGGAGUAUGGGAUGCAUCCUAGCGGAACUCCACACGGGCUACCCGCUGUUCCCGGGCGAGAAUGAAUCAGAACAGCUGGCCUGCAUCAUGGAGCUGCUGGGACCACCUCCUCCAGACCUCCUGCUCCAUGCCACUAGGAAGAGACUGUUUUUCGACUCAAAAGGCGCGCCGCGCAGCAUCACCAACUCGAAGGGACGCAAGCGGAGACCCGGCACGAGGACUCUGACCACUAUAGUGCGCUCAGACGACCCUGCCUUCCUGCACUUCCUACAUAGAUGUCUCGAGUGGGACCCAAAACGGCGAAUCACCCCAACGGAGGCCUCGCGCCACGAGUUCGUCACGGGCUGCGCGCUCGGCACGGCCCCUGCUGGGGUACUCGCGUUACCCCGGCUCGCGCCACCUCGCCCCACAAGGGGGGCUCUCCUGCACUCGCAGUCGGCGGGCGACGUGGCUGCCAUGCUGGGCCGCGCGUGACCUCGCGACUCCUGAGCGAGGGGGGGCUCCGCGUGCCUGCCUUAGUCGGCUGCUUUGUUUCCGUAGUUACAACGAGUAGGACUCCUGUGCGGCCUCGGUAGGUGAAUAGGUCAUUGUUUUUAGGGUUACGGUUGGCACAUUUUUAUUGUAAUUAUUUUCAUUAUCAUCUAAGGGUGUAUCUUCUAAUUAAG